UUUUUAGAUGUGUAAGACCGUAAAAUUCAAUUCUUUCACUUUGGAAAUGGGAACUGAGUCUGACUGACCAACAGAGGGCGUCUUCUUCUUCUUCUUCUUCCUCCAUAGCCGUGGACGUUAAGAAAGUUCAUUCAACCCUUUUGAACGUCUCUUCCCUUUCUCGAUCGGACCGAUUAUAAAUCCACAUUCUAGUUCUUCCCACCCUUUUGCACGUAAAUCCAUUCCCCCCCCUCUCUCUAUCCGCUUAUUCCAUCUCGAAACAUCAACUUUUGCCUUGUUGUCUUUAAAACAGAGUUCUUGAUUUUGUGUACAGGGCCGAAUACCCAGGUUCCUUGUUCUUCUUCAUUGUCCUCUUUAAGCCAGAAUUCAAACUGGGUUCCCCAAGAAAUCGAGAACCGGGAAAUUCCUGAUUAUUAUCUUAAUACGUUUCUUAGAAUUUUUUGCUCGGGGAAAGUUGACUUUUUUAUUCCUUGGGAAAACACACGACUUGGGACGUCAAGAGUUGUUAUAUGGGGUUGCCACCUUGCCCUGUAUGAUGGCGAUGCUCGCAUGUUCAAGAUGGUUCUGUGAUGCUUGUCUUUUUCCCUGGUAAUCUCCUGUUCGACAUCGUCACUGUUCCAUUGAUGAGAAACUGCAGUUUCGGUCGUGACAUUGAAUGAACCAAGAUAGGAUCAAGAAGAAGAAGUCGUUCUCUAAGAAAGUCAUGGCGAUGAAGAAUUGGAUUGGAACAAGGUUGAAGAGGAAUCUGAGCGACUCCCCCUAUCAACAGCCGGGCUUGGUACUUGAGAGUUCUUGUCUCGGGGGAACUGGGCGAAUGCCGAUAGAUCGAAAUGUUCAAACUUUCAGGAUUUUUGUAGCAACAUGGAACGUUGGAGGCAAAUCUCCUCGUGGAGGCCUGAAUUUAGAUGAAAUUCUUCGAGUCGAUGAUCCGUCAGAUAUAUAUGUGUUGGGUUUUCAGGAAAUCGUCCCAUUAAAUGCUGGGAAUGUGCUUGUGAUUGAAGACACUGAACCUGCAGUGAAGUGGCUCGCACUGAUAAACCAGUCACUCAACAAACCGCAUAAUGAAGCUUAUAAAGGACUGAAAGCUAGCCCUGCUAUUACCAGUUCAGUUUUCUUCCCAAAACCUUCCCUUAAGAAGAUCAGUAAGCCCUUUAGGACGGAGAGUAGAAGGCGGCUUAAGGCUUGCAAUUGUCCAUCUGAUUUAGAGAGGAAAAAUAGUAAAGAUCUCUGCUUUCGGUGUCAACAGCCAAAUGUAAGCGAAGACGACAUCUCUUCUGAAGAGGAAGAUGAUGUAUCGAACGGUUUUGAGAUAACGGAGAUUUCAGCUGCUUCCGUCGGUAAUCAGAUGAAGUACGGUCUCAUAGCGAGUAAGCAGAUGGUUGGAAUUUUUGUCACGGUAUGGAUGAGAAGAGAGCUCGUGCAGCACGUCAGCCAUUUAAGGAUCUCGUGCAUUAGCCGUGGGAUCAUGGGAUGUCUCGGUAAUAAGGGCUGCAUUUCAGUUAGUAUGUCAUUCCAUCAGACUAGCUUUUGCUUUAUAUGCAGUCACCUGGCAUCUGGGGAAAAGGAAGGCGACGAGCUCAGGAGAAAUUCGGACGUGACAGAAAUUCUCAAGAACACUCAGUUCCCAAAGAUAUGCAGAGUCCCUAACAGCAGGAUACCGACGAAGAUAUUAGAACACGACCGGGUCAUUUGGUUGGGCGACUUAAAUUACCGAAUAUCUUUGAGCUAUCCCGAGACUAAAAGGCUUAUGGACUGGAAUGAAUGGGAUGCACUGCUCGACAAAGAACAGUUGAAGAUCGAAAGGGAGGCAGGCCGAGUGUUCAAGGGAUGGAAAGAGGGAAAGAUCUCCUUUGCGCCUACUUACAAGUUCUCGUACAACUCAGAUGCCUAUGCAGGAGAGAACGUGAAGUCGAAGGACAAAAGGAGAACUCCCGCAUGGUGCGACAGAAUACUAUGGCACGGAAAUGGGAUACGGCAAAUGUUUUACCUUCGAGGAGAUUCCCGGUUUUCAGAUCACCGCCCGGUUUGCUCAGAAUUUUUUGUGGAUGUUGUAGUUACCGAGGCUGGAACAAGGAGAGUAACAUCCGGUCCUAACAUGAAGGUUGGAGCUGAAGAACUUCUACCCCCGAUCAGCAGAUAGGGGUCGAUACAAAAUGAAGUCGGAAUUGACCGCAUCCCUCUUCAAAGUUGAAGAUGAAAGUUUUGCCAAUUUCCCAAGAUUAGUAGGAGCAAAUGCACUCAUAAUGGUACAUUUUCUUGUUUAGCAAGCUAAACCAUUUGGGGAUUCUUCGCAAUUGUACGUACGGAAUCGAUCAUAUGAUAGCAAUGGGAAUUUGUCAGUUGCAAACGAAAUGCAAUUUCAUG